AUGGAAAUAAUAUCCUGCCAUUCUGCGCCCUGCUCUCAUGUGGUGAAUUUUGGUGGUAUAGAUGACAUAAAUUUGCGACAUGCCAAGCUUCCCAUUGUAAAAGGAAAAUUGCCAUUCCGUGUUGUGGUUCGACCUGGUUGUGGGUCUUCAAGAUAUCGUCAUUCCCAUAUUUUAAGGUUAAAGAGAUUAAACAGGUGGCAACCUUCUAGAACCGUGUGUUCACUAAGCAGAGAUGAAAAUGUUAAUUCUAUCUUCUUAAGUGAAGACUAUAACUCUUAUGUACUCGAUGGGGAAGAGGAUGUGAUUAGUGUGACUGGUCGUGGCAAGUCAGUACCUAAGGUCUUGAUUCCUGGUUUGCCAGAUGAUUCCAACAGAGAUUCUGUAGCUCCCAUUAGCAGUUGUUAUUGGGAGUGGAAGCCGAAACUAAAUGUCCAUUAUGAAAAAUCGGGGUCUGGAAAUCUGGAUUCCCCACCAAUCCUUUUUCUUCCUGGAUUUGGCGUGGGCUCGUUUCAUUAUGAAAAGCAGCUAAAGGAUCUUGGACGUGAUUAUAGAGCAUGGGCGCUUGAUUUUCUGGGUCAGGGCAUGUCCUUGCCAUCUCAAGAUCCAACUUUUCGGCGUAAAGAUGGAAACGAAUCUAUAUUAGAUGGAGAAAAUCAUGUUUGGGGUUUUGGUGACAAAAGUGAAACUUGGGCUGAAGAACUUGUUUAUUCUGUUGACUUGUGGAGGGACCAAGUGCGCUAUUUUAUAGAAGAGGUCAUUAAGGAACCAGUUUAUCUUGUGGGAAAUUCGCUUGGAGGGUUUGUCGCACUCUAUUUUGCAGCAUACAACCCUCAAUUGGUGAAGGGUGUAACAUUGCUCAACUCCACGCCUUUCUGGGGAUUUCUCCCUAAUCCUGUAAGAUCUCCUAGAUUAUCAAGACUAUUUCCAUGGGCCGGGACAUUUCCUCUUCCUUCCAGCGUGAGACAGUUAAUAGAAGUUCUAUGGCAGAAAGUCAGUGAUCCAAGUAGUAUUGAGGAAAUUCUUAAGCAAGUUUAUGCAGAUCAUUCAACCAAGGUUGAUAAUGUAUUUUCUCGUAUAAUCGAGACUACACAACAUCCAGCUGCUGCUGCAUCCUUUGCCUCAAUCAUGUUUGCUCCUCAGGGCCAAUUAUCCUUCAAGGAAGCGUUAUCUAGGUGUCAGAUGAAUGAUAUACCCAUUUGUCUCAUGUAUGGGAAGGAAGAUCCUUGGGUGACACCUAUCUGGGGUGCUCAAGUAAAAUCUCAACUGCAGGAAGCUCCAUAUUACGAGAUUAGCCCAGCUGGUCACUGCCCACAUGAUGAAGUUCCAGAGGUGGUGAAUUUUCUACUGCGUGGUUGGAUCAGAAACCUUGAGUCAAACAAUUCCAUUGCAUUGCCUCUGCUUGAUAACCCGGAUGAUGUCAAUUAUGAUGUUUUCGCGGACUUGGAAUUUAAAAGAGAGAGGUCCAGAAAAUCAGUAAGGAAUUUCAAUAAGGGAUUUCUGUUAUUGCUCAAGAAAGUUGCUUUUCUUAUGAUGAUUGAUAUUGGCUUGUUUGUUGCUUUGUAA